CGUUGACAAAGUUAGGUCACUCGGAACCUGCACAGUUUACGGAAUUUCAUCACAAGCCAUUCGAAUGCCUGAAGAAAUAUACAAUUGAUAAAACCCAGAGUUAAGCACUCGAAACAAUGUCGAUGGCAACGGCAGAUGGACGGAGGUAGUAUUCAAAUGGUUAGGAACGUGAUUGAGAAUUUGUUUUUCAAAUGGAUUCUGUGAAGCUGUUGCCGCUGAAACCCUCGUCGAAGAGUUUGUACAUGAUUAUACGGAAGAAGCUGCACGUGAAACUGAACAUACCGACUCUGUUAAUUAUAUUAUCGAUCGUCUUCUUGUGCAUUCAUUAUUUGCCUGCCACCAAAUGCUCCCCCAACGAGCAGUCAGUCAAGAAUAAGUCAAAGUUCCGGCUGGUGAUUCUUGUGUUAUCCAGUCCUGACAAUCUAGAACGGAGAGCGACGAUAAGGAAAACAUGGAUGGCACAGAAACAAGCUACUGUUAAGCAUUUCUUCGCUGUUGGGACUCUGAACUUGUUACCGGAGCAAAGAGAGACUUUGCAAUCUGAGAAACAGAAAUUCAAUGAUUUGUUGAUUUUACCUAGACUACCAGAUACGUACGGGACUCUAACUAAGAAAGUGCUGCACUCAUUUAAAGAAAUUCACGACUAUUAUGAGUUUGAUUUCUUACUGAAAUGCGACGACGACACGUUCGUCUUGGUGAACAAGAUUUUGAAGGAACUGGACAAGUGGGACAGCAAGGGAACGCGGAGGGAAUUAUAUUGGGGUUUUUUUAACGGAAGAGCUCAGGUGAAGAGGAGCGGACCUUGGAAGGAAACCGAUUGGAUAUUAUGUGAUUAUUAUCUGCCUUAUGCCCUCGGAGGAGGAUACGUUUUAUCUUAUAAUAUCGUCAAAUUCAUCGCUACAAACGUAGAACUACUUAAAUUGUACAAAGCGGAGGAUGUGUCCGUCGGCCUUUGGAUUGCCCCGUUGGCGAACAUUGAGAGGAAACAUGAUAUACGGUUCGACACGGAGUACAGGUCACGUGGCUGCUCGAAUCAGUACAUAAUCACGCACAAACAGACGAUUGGAAGCAUGAAAAAUAUGCACGAGUAUUAUCAAGCGACUGGCUCGUUGUGUGCGAAAGAAAUUCGGAAUCGUAUGAGCUAUAAGUAUAACUGGACGGUGCCACCGAGCCAGUGUUGCACUUUGCAGUCGAACAUUCCAUAGCGAGGGGCUGACAUCGAGUACAGUCGAUAUUCUAGUCAUUAUUUCUAUUUGAAAUCGUAUUUACCCGACCGAACGAGUAUUCUCACGAGUUUUCCCAUGGCUUCAUAGUUUUUGUAGUUAGUCAAAUAAGGGACACCGAGGGUUUAAUAGAAAUGCUAUAUGCUAUAUGGAAAACCUAUUGCAAUAAAUAAGUUAAUCAUA